AUGGAUGGACGCCGCUACAAUGUAAUGACAACAAAUAUUGCGAAGUCAAUCAACUCAGUCCUUAGGUUUGCAAGGAUGCUACCAGUGGUUCAUUUGAUAGGGGAAAUUGUUAAUCUCCUUGUGAAAUGGUUCACCGAACGUCGUGAGUUGGCUUUGAAUUGCACAACAACAUUGUGCCCCAAUUUUGGAGAGAAGAAGUUGAGGAACAGUGAUAUGGACGGCCUCGUAGAUUUGACGAACAACAGUUGUAGUUGUAGAAAGUUUCAGCUUGAGCAGCUACCUUGCAAGCAUGUAGUUGCAGUUUGCCGCUUCUUGAAAGUAAAUGUAUACGCAAAGGCUUCUCGGUAUUACACUCAAAAAACCUGGAUGGAUGCUUAUUCGGAUAGCAUCUACCCGGUACAACCUCAUGGAAUAUGGGAUAUUCCUGAAGAUGUUCGAAGUCGAGUUGUGCUACCUCCCAUGGCAAGGGUCAUGCCAGGCAGAUGA